AGCCUUUCUCAGUCACACUCCAACCAUCAGGUGAAUUGUAACAGGCGUUCCCGCAGCUUCCACAUCAUUUACAAUUAGAAAAUGGUUGCGGAAAAGUAUGACAAACUUGAACUCGAGCUAAAAGAAGAAUUACGCACGAUUGCGCAGCAGAUCGUGACACCUGGUAGAGGUAUCCUGGCUGCUGAUGAGUCGACUACAACGAUUGGCAAACGUCUUCAGGACAUCAACGUCGAAAAUACUGAGGAAAAUCGCAGGGCUUACAGACAACUACUUUUCACUACAGCAAAAGAUGUCAUCGGACAGCACAUUUCUGGAGUGAUCCUCUUUCACGAAACUCUCUAUCAAAAGGCUGACGACGGUACGCCGUUCGUCGAGUUACUGAAGCAACGAAACAUCAUUCCCGGUAUUAAAGUCGACAAGGGUGUCGUUCCGCUCUUCGGCACAAAUAACGAAUGCACGACCCAGGGUCUCGACGACCUCCAGACGCGUUGUAUCCAGUACAAGAAGGAUGGAUGUCACUUCGCUAAGUGGCGAUGCGUAUUGAAGAUCACGAAAGAUACUCCGAGCAAACUCGCCAUCAUGGAGAAUGCCAAUGUGUUGGCUCGUUAUGCUUCAAUCUGUCAAAGUGCCAGGAUCGUACCUAUCGUAGAGCCUGAAAUUCUUCCUGACGGUGAUCACGAUCUCACCCGUUGUCAACAAGUUACAGAAGAGGUUCUUGCAGCCGUUUACAAGGCACUCUCAGAUCAUCACGUAUACCUCGAAGGAACGCUGUUAAAGCCUAACAUGGUGACGCCAGGUCAGAGCUAUCCAACGAGAGCGACUCCUCAGGAAAUCGGUGCUGCUACGGUGACAGCGCUGUUACGUACGGUGCCACCAGCAGUACCUGGUAUCACUUUUCUCAGCGGUGGUCAAUCUGAAGAAGAGGCAUCAGUCAAUCUUGAUGCCAUUAAUAAAUACCCGGCGAAGAAACCUUGGGCAUUAACUUUCAGUUAUGGACGUGCUCUCCAAGCUUCCGUACUUCGUGCUUGGCAAGGCAAGACCGACAAGGUCGCUGCUGGACAAGAGGAGUUGCUUAAGAGAGCUAAGGCUAACAGUGAGUCGGCACUUGGCAAAUACGCGGGUGGCGUGACCGGUGCUGCGGGAGGCACGGCACUUUUCGUCGCUAAUCAUGCGUAUUAAGUUGAUCAGGAAAGAUAUUCGAUACAUCAUUAGAAAUUUAAGAUUAAAUGGUUAUUCAAAACUCCUCACAGGAUUUCAUUCUUUCCUUUGAAAUCAUGAAAAAAAAAGAUUUCUUUGAGAAUGAUCGAAGCGCAUACAAAACAUCUGAAGAUCUCCAAGAAGAUUGAUCGUUCUUUUCUUGUUUUAACAUAAAUAUUCUUAAAUUAGCAUUGUUAAUUGUUUCUACGGAUGUAAUUAUAGAUUUUUAAUUGAGUUUUAACAAACAAAUUUGUUAUGUUAAUUUGUUAUCAGCCGAAUUAAAUAUUUUUAAUUGAUCCCACAUUAUUCAAUUCGCGAUUCGCAAUUAGAUAUGUACAAUCAAUCAUUUAUAAAUUGCACGUCAAAUAAAAUAUCAAUUUAAAUUUUAUCGAAACAUUCUACAAAUUCCCUAUUUAACAGACAUUUUAAUAGAUGAUUGUAUAAUUAACGUACAAAAUAUCGAAUUUAAAAUUAUUUGAUAGCCUGGCUUACUGAUUUCUGAUUUGUUAUCGAUAUUCUUGUCUUACUCCUUAACGACUAGCUUGAUGAAAUUAAAUUUUACUAGUAUUAAGUGAUUGAUUAAAUAUCAUGAUAUGUAUUAUGAUAAUAUUCUAUAAUAGUACGAUACAGAAGCAGAUAUUGUAUACAUAUUAACAAAUGUCAACAUAAUAUUCUCCGAGCAUAAAAUAAAACGAGUGCAAAAGAUAUCUAAACUAAAACAACUAUUAAAUGUUAUUUGUUAGCGAUUGUAUCGAAUAUUACGGAAUCAUGCUAUAUGUAUGUGUCAUCUAUACUUAUAUAUAUAUAUAUAUAUAUAUAUAUAUGCUAUGUAUAUCUUACAUAGAUACCUAAUCUAUUGAGAAUUAUCUUGUAUUGUACAUCGAUGUUAUAUCUAAAUAUUUUGAAUUUAUUGUUGUAAUCUAGGUCACCAAAUACAACUGUGGAGGGCAAAAAAA